GUGACGGAACUGGCACCGCUCGGCUCCCUCCUGGACCGCCUUCGCAAGAACCAGGGCCAUUUCCUGAUCGCCACCCUCUGCCUGUAUGCCAUCCAGAUUGCCCAGGGCAUGGCCUACUUGGAGUCCAAGCGCUUCAUCCACCGCGACCUGGCUGCCCGCAACAUCCUGCUGGCUGCCAACGACCUGGUCAAGAUCGGCGACUUCGGCCUCAUGCGGGCCUUGCCCAAGAACGAUGACCAUUACGUCAUGCAAGAGCACCGCAAAGUCCCGUUUGCCUGGUGUGCCCCUGAAAGCUUGAAGACCCGCACCUUCUCGCACGCCAGCGACACCUGGAUGUUUGGAGUCACGUUAUGGGAGAUGUUCACCUACGGACAGGAGCCCUGGGUUGGCUUGAACGGCAGCCAGAUUUUGCACAAGAUCGACAAGGAAGGCGAGCGGCUGGCCAGACCGGAGGACUGUCCCCAGGACAUUUACAACGUCAUGUUGCAGUGCUGGGCGCAUAAACCGGAAGACCGGCCAACUUUCGUAGCCUUGCGGGACUUUCUCCUGGAG